AUCACUCUCGACUCAGGGGGCUGCCCUCAUCCAUUCAUCAGUGAGAGCUUACAUCCUUAUACCCAAGGCUACAUCGGCGGCCGCAACUGCGCAAAAAACCCCCUGGACUUCACCGGCAACGGCUCCAAAUGCUGCGUCCCCUGUCCCCUCUCCGACUGGGUCAACUCGUCAAACUUCCCAGCUCUCGCCGACGGAGCAGCAUGGGUAAACGUGGCAGGCUUCAUCCUCUGCGGGUUUCUUCUUCUCUCAUACUUGGUUCUUCCUGCUGCAACAACAAGACGCUCGUUUCUCAACAUCGCAUUGCUGGCUGGCAUCAUGAUCAUGGAGUUGGGCUUUAUUGUGCCUCUGGGCCAGAAACCCGAACAGUGCUUCGAUCCCGUCACGCCGAAUGAUAUGAACAGCAGCAAUUCUUGCGCUGCUACUGGAGGAUUGGUGGUAUUCGGCGGCAUGUUGACGGUCUGCUGGAUUGUUGUGCGCUCGGUGUUUAUGCACCUUCAGAUUUGCUGGGAUAUCGUGCCUGGCCGCGUCGCCAUCAUCGCUGCCAAUAUCGCUGCGUGGUCUGUUGCCAUCGCGCUCACUGCAGCGGUGUUGGCUAAAGUGAGUGUGUCCUAUCGCUUUGGCGGGUACUGCCACGUCAAUGUCGGAUCGACGUCGACCUACUGGGGCUGGAUGAUAGGAUUCGGAGGUGUGGCAUUGCUGCUUCAAGUCGCUACAUUCGUCUACUGCGCAAAGGUAUACCUCACAGCAGCCAUGCACGGACGACAAGCGCCCUCAGGCAGCAACGCAACAAAUUCAGUCAAAUCAGCAUCGUCCAAACGACAGGCGUGGACAGCAGUGCGAAGACUCAAGCAAGUUUUGCUGCUGCAAUGGCGAUCGCUUGCCAUAGUCGCUCUGGCCAUCUUCGUCAUCGCAUUCGUGUGUGUCAUCUUCAUCUUCCAGGUGGAUGCGUACACCAUGUCGACGUUUGCGAGUCCGACCAAAGUCAUCCCUUGGGUGCUUUGUAUACUCCAACAACGUAAUACCGACGUUUGUCUGCCGAAGAUCCAGAAGUUGAUUCUGCCUCAAUCCAUGGCGGUGGCUGUCUUGUAUGUGAUUGCGUUUGUGGGUGUAGAGGCGUUUGUGCUGCUGUUCAAGCCGGAAAUCGUGAGAGCGUGGGGGAGGUUCUUGAAGUCGCCGUUU